AUGGCGGUGCCAGGCGAACAGUGGAGAGCGGCAGACUUUGUCGAAGACGACAUGGUUUACGCCUGCAUCGACGUGCUGGUCAUAGACGCCCUACGCCACCUACAAACCUUGGAGAAGAAUAGCACGCUGAGGCUGUACACCUCGUUCAUCUACCACUACAAGAGGUGGGCGGCAAAGAUGCUGAAGCAAAUACGUGACAAGCUUCCCCAGGAGCACAGGCUUAGGCACGUCGACGAGAUCGGCCGCUACAUCCGGGACAACAAGAAGAAGAAUUGGGACAAAGUGGCCGAGGUCGCCCAGGAGUACAUCUGGCUUCACGGCCCUAUGGUAACCGAUACCCGGCUGCGUGCCUACGUGAAGUUCAUGAUACGUGAGUGUAAGCUCGAUGCCGAGUCGAUCGAGGAGGGGAACAAUGCCUCGCGAACCCAGCCUGUGCAAGGUACAACGGUGCACACGCUCCUCGGGCGCAUAAAGGCAUGCCAGAUGGCGGCGAGAGUGGAGGUGUCGCUCUACCAGGAGAAGGAGCUGAGCAUCAUGCGGGAGAUCUCGGUGGUCAGAUCGGAGGUGCGAUUCAUGGUCUGCACCAAGAACGAGAGGGACGUCAAGAAUUGUGCCGACCGGCGUCGCGGCACCAUCGGCGAUACCUACACCGCCAAACAGUUCCGCCAGAUCAUGAUGAAGGUGCUGCCGACAUGGGCGGCGUCGGCGUGGAACCCGCGGGCAACCGCUCCUUCGCAGACGCUGUUGCGAUUUUUGCUCACCAAGGCGCUCAUGCUACUCUUCCACCACACUCUCCUGCGAGGCGCCAGCAUCCGCGAGAUCACGCUCCCCGACAUCUUCUUGUACCGACUAGCUAGCACCUCGUCGGUGAACUUGGAGAACCAGCCGGUCGUCAUGGUGAUCGCCGCGCGGAACUCGAAGACUUCCAAGGAUGCCCGUCUUCAGCAGAGCUACGCGGCGCGACACCUGGAAGCGGAGUUGUGCGCCGUCGGCGAGACCGGCCUGUGA